UGCACCUUAACUAGGCUCCGUCUUUCAAAUCACUAUCUUGAUUUCAAGCAAUUGAUCUCCCGUAAUUUAGUGAUCGAACUUUAAAGUCGACAACACCAUGGAUUAUUUCGAAACAGCGACACGGAUGCUAUCUGAUGAGGGAAUGUUUUCUGAAGACGUUGCCAUGGUAACGGGGACGGAUAACUGGACGACCACCGGUCAACACCUUCCUCCAUCACCGCCUGCUUACAUCGCAGCCUUGAAAAAAGCAAAUAAGUAUACUCUGAUCACAAUCCUUAUCUUCCUCAUGCUAGCCAUGGGCUGCGUGGUCAAACCAAGCGAUUUUAAAGAAGUGUUACGCGUGCCGAAAAGUGUACUGAUCGGGAUGUUGUGCCAGUUCGUCUUGAUGCCUCUGUCUGCUUUCUGCCUUGCUCUCGCCCUGUCCUUACCGGCGCCCAUGGCGUUAGGGGUACUCGUCAUGUCAUGCUGCCCUGGAGGAGCCGUCUCUAACCUCUUCACCUUCUGGACAAAGGGAGAUGUAUGUCUCAGCAUCACCAUGACGACCAUCUCGACCGUAGCCGCCAUUGGGCUCAUGCCUCUGAACCUGUUCAUCUACAGUCGAAGAUGGACCGAUGACAAUGCCGUCGUCCCCUUCGUCAGCAUCAUCACAGCUUUGGUGUCCAUUGUGAUCCCAGUAACAAUUGGGAUGAUCAUCCGAUGGAAGAGAAUAGAGUGGACAUCGUUCAUUUCAAAGGUUGGGAGCAUCCUAGGCCUCCUGGGAAUAGCCACAAGCAUCACCCUCACGGCAAUCAUCAACCCCGGGAUGUACUCCGUCUCCUGGCAAGUUUGGAUCUGCGUCCUCACCCUCCCUACCUUGAGCGCCGCCCUCGGUUAUCUCCUCUCCUGGGCCUUACGCCGCCCGCCCGCACACUGCCGUACCAUCGCCUACGAGACGGGUCUCCAGAACGUCUCCCUGGCCCUGACCGUCCUGACGUUCGAAGGUUCACCCAUCAUGUUUGAGGUCUUAACCUACCCGUCCCUCUACGGUCCCGUCAUGAUGGUCGAAGGACUCAUCGGGGUCGCGGUCUACAAGAUCGUGGUGAGACAGGGGGUGAGACGUACCGGCAGCAAUGAAGGCGGACCCGUCGCCGACAAGGGUUGGAUGAAGAAAGACAUCAACUCCGAAGAAGCUUGCUCUGCCCUCGAUUCCAAAAUCUAAUGCUAUAGUCACAACCAACGAAACCGACUCCAAACCAAUCCGAUGAUAUUGACCUGUUGACCUAUGCUUAUCGUAGAAAGUAGUAUUAUAUUCGGCCUAUGGUCUGCUUUGCCAGUGUGACUGCGGCAUUUAGACCCAACUGUUUUGAGAAAAAAAAAGCUUGCAACAUAGUGAAGUUGGUACAUGGAUUUCUGGCCAAUCUGAUUUAUACUUAAGUAGGUGACACGACAUACGCUCCUGCAAUAUUGAUUUUGCUCAGGUCAGUGGCGUAACUAAUAUUGAACCCAAAUUAAGUUUAAUUCAUCAUCUCUGUCAAGUCAUCAUUAUUACUUUAAAGACUACAAUUAAAACAUAAAAUAAUUAUUAUCCUUUUUU